AUGUUUUUAUAAGGGUCAAAAAUCAAAACAAUUGAGGCCACUGUUAAUUAAUAAAUAAAGUUUUCAACCAGAUAAUUAAGCUAAGAGCUCAAAUCCUCUCAUUCACUGCAUCGUCGCUAUUCUACUGUUGCCGUAAUUCAUCAAGAUGCUUAUAAGAUUGAGGAUAAAUAUUCAAAAUAGUUAAAUCAAUCAUUGCACACUAAAUAUUAUAAUAUGCAUCAGCUAUUCAAAAAGAAACAAUAUAUUCCUGCUAAUUUUAAGUCAAACAAUAAACCAUUUGAACAUGUAGUAACAAACUAAUUCUCAAAAACAUCAUCCUAGUUAGUUCAAAAGAAAAAGAAGUUCAAUGCAAAAGAGUGGCAUAAAGUUAACUAUGACAGGUUUAGAUUCUUAAGUAGGUAAGCAAGCAUCGAAAAAUUAGUAACUAAUCGAUAACAAAGUAUUUAGCCGUGUUUGUAAAUUUAAUAGGCUAAUAGACAACAGAGAAGCGUUUCUUAAAUGAAUAAUUAUAGAACUGAAUCAAUUAGUAGUUUAAACAAUGAAAGGUGUAAGUGUCAAAGAAGUAAUUCUUUAUAAAAAGAAAAUCUUGUUAUAUUUUUAAUUGAAGAAAAUUAACAGAACUAAAAACAUGACUGA